ACGUGCUGGAUUUGAUAUUAAGCCCCCAAAAAUGGAGGAUGGCGGCAGAAAAAAAGAGGAGGAGCAAGACGGCAUGUCUGUACAUUCUCCAUGCAAAGCUCCCCCUUCCUCCGCCUCCUCCCUCCCCAAGGAGCAAUCCCAGGUUGAAUUGGAGCUCAGGCUGUUGCAAGCACUCGAAUUUUAUCCUCCUACCAAACUACGAGGCAAGAUUUUCAAAACCCGAUUUUUAAUUUCUGUAUUUCUUCCCUUAUCUGUGACAGUAUGAAUUAGUUCUUUAGAGGGGAAUUUAUUACUGUUUUAGUUUAACUUUGCAAAUUCUUUCAUGGGAAGUUACAGAGUGGAUUGCUCUUGUAAAAAAGGCAUUAUGUUUAUAUUUAUAGAGAAAUUUAUUAGUUUUUUAUUUAUAUAUACUAGAAAAUUUUGAGGAAAAUUUCAUUCUUUCUUUAGUAACUUGCCUUAGAAUAACAGAUGCAAUCUCAUGAGCACAUGGGAAUGGAAGAUUUCUGCCUCAAGUUUCCCUGGAAUCCUUCUAAAAAUCUUAUACCAAAUGCUACCAGGUUGUAAGUUUUUAUAUGAUGAUAUGAAAUGUAAUAACACAAUAACAAGCUUGUAAUAGCGGUGACAAGCAUUAAAAUGUUCUUUGUUGUUUAUGAGUUUCAUCUAGUCCCUUGUAUAUUCAUAUCUCCACCUUAUAAAUGUUCAAAAGGUCCAAACUUUAGUUUCUUUUGGUCCCAAGGGUGAAAAUGUUAGUUUUACUCUCAUUAAUUAUAACAUGUAUGCAUAGAAUAUCACAUUAUGUCAUAUACUUAAGCUGUCAGUUUGUCCCUUAAAGGGCAGAAGCAUAAGAAUAUGAAACUUUUUCCCCUCAAGAAUGACAAGACCUAGAAUGGGGAACCAUAGUCAGAUAAGUUUCAUAUGUAAAAUGAAAGCUGGAUCUAAUAGUUUCUGCAUAAGAUUUUUUUGUUUUUUUUGUGGUCAACAGGGAGGGGGGCUUCUGCACAAGAAUGAUGAAAUAAGAGAGAUACAUUAACUUUCAACUUCUGCAGUAAAUUCAAUACAUAAAAGAAAAUUGCUGAACAGGUUAUCUUCUGUGCAGGCAUUCAUCGUCAUUUUGUCCUUUAUGGACUAAUGGAAUACCUGCGGAGAAGCUUGGAUCGCCAUUUUUCUCCAGAUGAGGUUUUACAGUUGCUAGAUCGUUUCUACAACUUGGAAAUGCUGAAAUCAGAUGAUGAGGAAGCAGAAAUCUUCAAACAUGAGGAAGAUUUUAGCCUGCCACAAAGUUAUUUUGUCAAGGAAGAAUCAUGAGUCGUAAUUUUGGCUUACAAUUCUCAAGCCUCCGUUUUUGCUCGGCUGUUUAUCUGAUGUUUCUGUUAGUAACUGUUUCCACCAUAAAUAGGAUUUUAGGGGAAACAGUUACCAUGUUCCUUGUUUCACAGAAUGUUGUAGAAAUUUAGAUGCAAAUUUGAGGGAGGACCUCUCAUGCUGUAGGAUGUUCAGAAAUUUGAUCAUAUCAUAUCGAUGAAAUGUUGUCACCUGCUUCUCCUAUAAGUAGCUAUACAUCCUUCCCAUUAUUUCCUGAUAAAUAAACAAUUUUGAUUUGA